AACAUUAUCAAUUCAAUAUUACGAUGAUACAAGAAAGUACAAAAACUUAUAUUAUCAAUUUACAGUUAAUGAAGCUAAUUGGAUUAUAUCAACUAUUAAAUCCAAAUGCUACAAUACUAUUUGGGUAUAAUAUUUAUAAACUUGGUGGUUUUAUUUCAAUUUUAUUUCUUACACUAAACAUCAUAAUGUGCAACAUAAGUAUAUACUAUUCUCAAUAUGAUUUUACUGCAGUCGUUAGGUACAUUAUGUUUAUAUAUGCAACAUUUUUUGUUAUCAUCAAAAUAAGCUUUUUAAUUAUUAAAUCAGAUAUAUUAUGGAAUUUUAUAAGUUUUACAUCUAUCAAUUUUUUGUCUUAUAGUGGCCACCAAAAAUAUUUUCUAAUGAAUGCUCGAAUAAUAUCAUUAAUAAUUUCAAAUGUUUUCGCAAUACUUUGGGUUGCUUUUAUAGCAUUAUGGAUUUUCUCUCCAAUCGUUAUAAAUGACAGUUAUUUAAAUAUCAAAUCCAAAAAUAGUACAUACAUGCAGUAUCGAUAUAAUACGCUCAAUUUAUUAUUUCCGGUAUCGACCCAAUUUUAUAAUGAUAACUUUACCAUAUUUUAUUUAUUUGAGACUAUAAUUUUAAUAAUUUAUGGAUAUUCAAUGAUUGUUUUCGACUGCUUGAUAAUUUCUUUUUGCUUAACCAUCGCUUUUCAAUUAAGAACGAUCGCAUCAUCAUACAGCACAUUAGGAUAUAAUCAUACCAACAAUCAAAUUAAAAGUGAAGAAAAUCAAUUAAUAAAUGAAAAACCAAUGGAUUUAUCUAACUUAAUAGUCAUAAUUCAAGAUCAUCAAAAAUUGACAAAGAAAAUUCAUGACAUUUUUGACGAAAUGCGCCCCAUUAUACUUUUUCAAUUGCUAUCUGAAUCAAUAUUAAUGUCAUUAAUUCCUUUAGUAUUAUUUUUGAAUUCAAAUAAUGGUAUAUCACUAACAUCAACAGAAAGUAUUAAACUUCUCUCGGCUGAAAUAGUUAACACUGGUCACUUAUUCUCAGCAUGUUAUUUAUUCAGUCUAAUAGAUAUAUAUACUUGA